UAGCCCUUAGCAACGGUGGGACGGCUAAACUUCAGCCUGGCGACGAACGUGUCGUACGCGGUGAUGUCAUGUUUCUGCGCAAGCGCGCUGUUCUCUGAGCGGCUGCGCGUGACGUCACUUGCGACGGUGGAGGGUGCUCGACCUAAAGCGGCUGUCUCCUGUGCCCGCGUUUGGUGAAGUGUGGGUGGCCUUUGAGGUUGCAGAGUACCGGUGUCGUUAUAAAGCCGUCUGGGAGAGUUUUUAGUCAGCGGAGCCGUUCUGUCACCUGGUCCAUCAUGAGCGUGGAGGCGUACGGGCCCAGCUCGCAGACCCUCACAUUCCUCGACACGGAGGAGGCCGAGCUGCUAGGGGCCGACACUCAGGGCUCCGAGUUCGAGUUUACCGACUUCACUCUGCCCAGCCAAACUCAGACGCAAGGGCAAACUCAAAGCCAGCUGGACGGACAGGUUAAUGGCCCCGAUGGAAUUUUACAGAAUGGCACAGUAGAUGAUGGUGUGGGAAAAACAAGCCAGUUGCUGGGUGAGCUAAAUUUUGAAGAAGAUGAAGAAGAUACUUAUUAUACAAAAGAUCUCCCUUUACAUGCUUGCAGUUACUGUGGUAUUCAUGACCCUGCUUGUGUGGUCUACUGCAAUACAAGUAAAAAAUGGUUCUGCAAUGGACGUGGAAACACCUCUGGAAGCCACAUUGUGAACCAUCUGGUCAGAGCAAAGUGUAAAGAAGUUACUUUGCACAAGGAUGGACCUCUGGGUGAAACGGUGUUGGAAUGCUACAAUUGUGGUUGCAGAAAUGUGUUUCUGCUUGGAUUUAUCCCUGCAAAAGCUGAUUCAGUAGUUGUGUUGCUGUGCAGGCAACCCUGUGCUAGUCAAAGCAGCUUAAAGGAUAUUAACUGGGACAGCUCUCAGUGGCAGCCCCUUAUACAAGAUCGUUGCUUCCUCUCCUGGCUGGUGAAGAUCCCAUCUGAACAAGAGCAGCUGAGAGCUCGCCAGAUCACAGCUCAGCAAAUAAACAAGCUAGAAGAGCUCUGGAAGGAAAACCCUUCUGCAACCCUAGAGGAUCUGGAAAAACCCGGUGUUGAUGAGGAGCCUCAGCAUGUUUUGCUUAGAUAUGAGGAUGCAUAUCAGUACCAAAAUAUAUUUGGACCUCUUGUAAAACUUGAGGCUGAUUAUGACAAAAAGCUAAAGGAGUCCCAGACGCAAGAUAACAUUACAGUCCGAUGGGACCUUGGCCUUAACAAGAAAAGAAUUGCAUAUUUCACUUUGCCAAAAACGGAUUCUGACAUGCGUUUAAUGCAAGGGGAUGAAAUAUGUUUGCGUUACAAAGGUGACCUUGCACCUUUGUGGAAAGGGAUUGGACAUGUAAUUAAGGUCCCUGACAAUUAUGGUGAUGAAAUUGCCAUUGAAUUGAGAAGCAGCGUUGGAGCACCAGUGGAAGUAACUCACAAUUUUCAAGUGGAUUUUGUAUGGAAGUCGACAUCUUUUGACAGAAUGCAGAGUGCAUUAAAGACCUUUGCCGUAGACGAAACUUCAGUUUCUGGGUACAUAUACCAUAAGCUUCUUGGCCAUGAGGUGGAAGAUGUAAUUAUCAAAUGCCAGCUUCCCAAGAGAUUUACAGCACAAGGACUCCCAGAUCUCAACCACUCACAGGUUUAUGCAGUAAAGACUGUUCUGCAACGCCCACUAAGUCUUAUUCAAGGUCCUCCUGGUACUGGAAAAACCGUAACAUCUGCUACAAUUGUCUACCAUCUUGCUAGACAGGGAAAUGGUCCUGUCUUGGUGUGUGCACCAAGCAACAUUGCUGUGGAUCAGCUGACGGAGAAGAUACACCAGACUGGCCUCAAAGUUGUUCGCCUUUGUGCAAAAAGUCGUGAAGCAAUUGAUUCUCCGGUUUCUUUCUUGGCAUUGCAUAACCAGAUUCGUAACAUGGAAAGUAUGCCAGAGCUGCAAAAGUUGCAGCAGCUUAAAGAUGAGACUGGAGAACUUUCUUCUGCUGAUGAGAAACGAUACAGAGCCCUUAAAAGAACAGCUGAAAGGGAGCUGCUUAUGAAUGCAGAUGUGAUUUGCUGUACCUGUGUGGGUGCAGGGGAUCCUAGGCUGGCAAAAAUGCAGUUCCGUUCAAUUUUAAUUGAUGAAAGUACUCAAGCCACAGAACCAGAAUGUAUGGUGCCAGUUGUUCUUGGAGCAAAGCAGCUAAUUUUGGUGGGAGAUCAUUGUCAGCUUGGACCAGUUGUGAUGUGUAAAAAAGCUGCGAAGGCUGGCUUGUCACAGUCUUUGUUUGAGAGACUUGUGGUUCUAGGAAUCAGACCUAUUCGCCUGCAGGUUCAGUAUCGAAUGCACCCUGCGCUGAGUGCUUUUCCAUCAAACAUCUUCUAUGAAGGCUCCCUUCAGAAUGGUGUCACUGCAGCGGACCGUGUGAAGAAAGGUUUUGACUUCCAGUGGCCACAACCGGACAAGCCAAUGUUCUUUUAUGUAACCCAGGGACAGGAGGAAAUUGCAAGUUCAGGCACUUCCUAUUUAAACAGGACUGAAGCUGCUAAUGUGGAGAAAAUCACAACCAAGCUUCUGAAGGCAGGGGCCAAGCCAGAUCAGAUAGGGAUAAUUACUCCUUAUGAAGGCCAGAGGUCAUAUUUAGUACAGUACAUGCAGUUUAGUGGCUCCCUGCAUACCAAACUGUAUCAGGAAGUGGAAAUUGCCAGUGUUGACGCAUUUCAAGGUCGAGAGAAGGACUUUAUCAUUCUGUCUUGUGUAAGAGCUAAUGAGCACCAGGGCAUUGGAUUUUUAAAUGAUCCCCGUCGUCUGAAUGUGGCUUUGACCAGAGCAAGGUAUGGUGUAAUUAUUGUGGGCAACCCAAAAGCCUUAUCAAAGCAGCCUCUAUGGAAUCAUCUACUUAAUUAUUACAAAGAGCAGAAAGUCCUUGUGGAGGGACCUCUGAACAAUCUCCGGGAGAGUCUCAUGCAGUUCAGUAAACCGCGCAAACUUGUAAACACCAUUAAUCCUGGUGCUCGUUUUAUGACAACUGCCAUGUAUGAUGCUCGAGAAGCUAUAAUUCCUGGGUCUGUCUAUGAUCGAAGUAGUCAAGCUCGACCUUCAAACAUGUACUUUCAAACGCAUGAUCAGAUAGGCAUGAUCAGUUCUGGACCCAGCCAUGGGCUACCUACCAUGAACAUUCCUAUACCUUUCAAUCUGGUCAUGCCUCCAAUGCCCCCACCAGGCUACUUUGGUCAAGCUAAUGGACCAACUGCAGGUCGAGGCAUGCCUAAAGGAAAGGCAACACGUGGUGGACGCCAGAAACCGAGAGGCAUAGGGCUUCAAGGCAUGAGCCAGGGAAACAUGCCCAACAGCCAAGCCAGUCAAGAUGUUGUGUCUCAGCCAUUCUCUCAAGGCCCUUUAACACAGGGUUAUAUAUCCAUGAGCCAGCCUUCGCAAAUGAGUCAACCAGGACUCUCCCAACCAGAAUUAUCGCAGGAUAGCUACCUUGGUGAUGAAUUUAAGUCACAGAUUGAUGUUGCAUUAUCGCAAGAUUCUACUUACCAGGGUGAACGUGCAUAUCAACAUGGAGGUGUGACUGGGCUGUCACAGUACUAAUGUGUUGAAGAAGAGCUAAGCCUGUGUGGAACUUAGUUCAUCCACAUUUUAUUCUGAGUAAUAAAAAAAUAAAACGGAUACCUGUUUUCCACUGCUAAAAUUGAAGCACCACUGUGAGAGCAACAGGAGAGAGAGGAACGAGAGAGGGAUUAAAUACAAAAAAUAUCGAGAGAGCGACAGCAAGCGAGAUCACUGCAAGCACACUGAGGCGAGGAGAACGAUAGGAGAAGUGGCUGAACAUCAGAGGAGCCACAUACAAUUCAACGGAAUAGGUAGUAAAUGGGAGGAACCAUUGCCAUCAAGAUGCUGCUACUCACAUUGGAACAGCAAUCUAGACCUCUAGCCCACCAUAACUUGGUCACGGGCUGGGGAAAUCCGCUUUUACUUUUUCCAGCUAGUUCAUGUGUGUUCCUUGAGAGCACCAUCUCAUCAAAGCUGGCAGAAAACAGUUCCUUAUCUCAGAGUUGUUUUGUUUGUGUUUUUACAUACUCAUGCAAGUCUGUUUUAAGUAUAAACGGCAUCCCUUCUAGAUUGUUCAGAACAUACUGCAGUAUUACCAGCUAACAAGGUCAACUUUGAGAUGUAGGUUUGAUUUUCAAACUGGCGUUCACUGGGAAACUUAUGGUCUCCACCAUUCCCCUCUACCUGAAGGUUCUAGAUCUCUUAGAUGGUUUUAACAAAACUUCUAGAGAAAAAAAGUGCUGGAUAUUUAUUUAUUUUUAACUGCUGGUUGCGGGUGACCUGAGUACUGCAAGACAUUGUGGUUAAUGUUGUGGCUAGUUGCCACAAACAAGGACUUUCAGAUUUAAGAUGCAGUAAAUGACUUGAUGACUAGCCUCUCUUUCCUAAAGCAGUGUAGUAGAGCAAAGGAGUAUACAAACUCCCAUAAGGAGAGGGGUUUUUUCAGUGUUUUCUGUAUGCUUUGAUUGGCUACUGUCUGGACUGUACUUCACAAAAUAAAAUAAAUCAUUUAGGCAAAUUGUAUGCUUUGAAAAAGGGACAGGUUUCCUCUGCCCUUCGGCACCCACCUGUCAAGGAAAGACAAGCUAGCCUGCUACAACUUCCCCUCCCAGAAAUGGAUCUAGUAGUGGAAACUGGGGAUUAUAUAGGUUUGAAAGUCAAGUUCUUUGCAAUAGAUUUUGAAACUGGUUGAAAAGCAAACAGGAAUGCAGGCAGUAUGGAAGGUGGUCUACAGUCACUGUAUGACUGGAAGCACAUCUGGUGCUUUUAGUGAGGCUGAGCGUGAAUGGACUUGGCCUUGGGUCAGUACAGAGCAGACAAGCCCUCUGUCCGUUCAGCUCCAGUGCACACAGUUUAAGUUGUUUUAAGAGAGCAAAACAAUCAAUUUGUUUGGCUUUGUAGAAAUCCAUAUAAUUAGUUUAAGGAUUUAU